GUUCCACAGGGCAGAUACGUUGUAUGAAGGCCCUUAUAUUCCACGGAAAGGCCGUCUGAGUUCUGCUGGCCCUCACAUCCACCCCAAAACACAUACACACCCGAGUUGGCGAAGGUGGUUGGAAGCCAGGGAGAACUGGCAGCCCAAGUUUGAAUGCUGGGGCACGGGGUUUUGAGACCGCAGUGGCUCCUUCUAAGAUCAGACACCUUCAGAACAACAAGUGCCGUGAACAGCAGGGUGGCGCCCCCACAUGUCUUCACAUACUAGACCUGGGGAAAUCUGGUGGAGGCAUCUCGAAGUACCGUAGAUGACCUCCUCCAUCAGGCUUAUACAGGCAUCAUGAGUGUAGUCUCGCAGUCAGCUCCUAUAAAUAACCAUGUUGUUCCACCUGGACAUAUUUUAAUGUCUAAAUGCUGGAGAGGAACUCAGUUGGCUGGCCACCUCUCAAAGCUUAUCCCUAUUCACUACUCAGAUGGUCUUGGAAUUGUUGAUUUUUGUCCAUCACAAGAUGCAGCACUAAUAUUUAUCAGUGAAGCAGAUAUAAUUUCUGGAAGUAGCUACAAAGAGCGGGUAAUUAAAUUUCGCAAAGUUAAUGGAUUUCUUAGAGGAAUUGUCAUGGCUCAAAACACUCUUACAAGUGAUGAAUUCUACAAACUACAAAGAUUUGUGUGUGUUGAAAUUGGUUUAGCCAUUUUGCCUGUUCAGACUAUUGAGGAGGCUGCACAGCUGCUAGCUAAUUUGGUGAUGUGCGAAGCAAAGUUUAACUCAAAUCCAUUUCGAAUGAAACCAAAAACAGCAAGUUCUCCAGAUGCCGAUUUGCUGAAAACUACAGCAAUGAUUCCUGGCUUGGGUGAUAAACGUGUCCGAAAAAUUCUCCAACACUUUGGCUCUUUAAAAGAACUAGCAAAUGCGACACAAGAGACUCUUGAGGAAGUAGUUGGGGCAGCCACUGCAUCUUCUGUGUAUAAUUUUUUUCACCAGUCAUUUCUUUUAUGAAACAUGUUAAUAGCUACUAAAUAAACAAAAUAAAUUUUUCUUAAUAUUGUACAUAUUUAUAA